AUGCCCACCGCAAUAGCCAUCCGCCAAGUCGACGGCAAGCCCGGCGAAGUCUACUAUCCUCUCGAACACAUCCAACUACCAGAGCCACAACCAAAGGAUAAUGAAGUCGUUGUCAAAAUUACAGCAGCAGCACUAAAUCACCGCGACCUCUUCCUCCGCCAACACUUGUACCCAGGCACAACCUUCGGCGUCCCGCUCCUAGCAGAUGGCAGCGGCGUAGUCGUAGCCACAGGCUCGAGCUCAGAAGCUCAGAAAUGGAAGGGCAAGAAAGUCGUGAUCAACCCUGGUAGUGGGUGGAAGGAUGAUCUGGAGGGCCCGGAGUCGCCGAAGGGGUAUGCGAUACUGGGUGGUACGAAGAUGAACCCGCUUGGUACGCUUGGUGAGACGGUCACGAUCGAUGCUGGGGAGCUGGAGGAGCAGCCUACGCAUUUGUCUGCUGUAGAGGCUGCGGCUCUGCCAUUGACUGGUUUGACGGCGUGGAGAGCGGUGAUGACGAAGUCGGGGCAGGCGAAGCCAGGACGGAAUAUUUUGAUUACUGGUAUUGGGGGAGGUGUGGCAUUGAUGGCGCUAUUGUUCGCUGUAGCGGCUGGAGCGAAUGUGUACGUCAGCAGUGGGAGCGAGGAGAAAUUGAACAAGGCUAAGGCGCUUGGUGCGGCGGGUGGCAUUAACUACAAGGAGAAGGGAUGGGAGAAGAAGCUCGUCGAGAUGUUGCCGCAGGAUAGAAAACAGCUUGAUGCCAUUAUUGAUGGUGCAGGUGGAGAUAUCGUCGGGAUCGGAGCGAAGAUCAUCAGGCCUGGCGGUGUCAUCGUCGUCUAUGGCAUGACUACAUCACCCAAGAUGCCAUACCUCAUGAGUGUCGUGCUCAAGAACAUCGACGUACGCGGCUCGACUAUGGGAUCAAGGAAGGAAUUCGCAGACAUGGUCAAUUUUGUGCAAAGCAAGCACUUGAAGCCAGUCGUAUCACGGUCCGUCAGCGGUCUAGACAACUUGGAUGGCAUCAAUAGCUUAUUUGAGGACAUGAAGAGCGGUAGCCAAUUCGGCAAGCUCGUCGUCGAGGUAAGCAAGGAGAAUGAGGCAAGCAAGCUGUAG